AAAAAGGUUUUAGUAGAAAAAGUCCUAAUUGUGCAUUCUAGUUAAAAAGGAGGUCAAAAAAAACUAGAAAAAGGAUUUUGCAACAGGUAUAACUGGCAGUUUAAACUAAACUAAAGUGUACGUUAAGCGUACAACAACAAAAACGGGGAGGUGACUACUAGAUUAUAGAUUAAGUCAUCAUCAACUAAACUACCUGUCUUAAGGAGGCCUGUAGCGUGUACGAGCCCUAAAUUUAGUAUAAAACCUAAAGGCACUUGUGCAAAAAGUAUCAGUUGUAGUUCAACAAAUCUCAAACCAACAUCAUUUUAAAAAGUAAUUUAACAUAAAAGUAUUAACAAGUUUUUUUAAUAAAUUUAAAAAAGUUAUUAACUAAAAAUGGCCAAUUCAACAAGUUUCAACAUGACUUUGCUAGAAGCUUCGAAAUUCAAAAUUAAUACACAAUAUUUCUCUCCUCACGAUUUAUCUCUAUUCGUGGAGAGUUUAGAGACCAUAACACGUUUGGCCCGCGAAAAGGAAGAGCGCAAAGAACAAAAGAAAUUGCAAAAAUUGAAUAACUUAGGCAAGAAGUUUUGUACCUUGCCCCGCAUAAGUUCCAUUUCAACUUUGGAUUCCUCCUCUACUGGAGCCUCAGGAGAUGAAGAGGAAAUUUUGUUGUUGGAAAAUAAAAAAGUACCCAAGAGUCCCGAUAGCCAAAGAUCUGAUUAUGAUGAAACCUACUUUUCGGCCCCUAGUAGUACUCAGUCUUCACCACGCAAUAGUGUCAUCUUUCAACAGCAAUUGUCGAAAAACAGCAGUCAUUCUACCUUGUCCAUAAUCACCACAUCAGAUUCUGAAGAAUCUGGUGUAUUUCCCAUUGGUACUUCAUAUCAAGAUCUCUAUGAAGCCCAAACUACCACCAUAAGACCUCGUUCUAAAGUUAUUACCAAAUCACGUUCUUUAUCCACACGUUCCCGCUUAAUCGGUUUGGUUAUGAAAAAGGAAUCUACCAAAGUGCCCUCAGUAGAACUUAUCUCUCAUCGUCCCCUAGAUGAAUAUGAAACUUUGGAAAUGUACGAACAGGAACAACAGCAAAUGCUACAAGCUGAACUAGUACAAGAAUCGGAGAAAUUGGCCCGUUUCUCUACUCUACACAUGAAGAAAAAAUCACGUCAGGGUUUUGCCUGUCCCGAUGGUUCAUCGGAAGAACGUUUCUUGGAUAAGGCUUUGCGUUAUUUGACUUUGUAGGUUCAUUUCUCUUUCUUUUUUUUUGAGAUAUGUCGUUAAAGAAAAUUGAAUUGAAUUCUCUUUUUUAUGUGUGCUUCGUAUCGUAAGUCUAGUUUAGGUUUUUUCUCUAUCAAAAAGCUUAAAACUAUUUGACAUUUAGGUUUUAAAGAAAACUAAAUGAUUUUUUUUAAGUUUUUGUACUUAAAGAUUUUUUAUUUCGGUUUUAUUUUCCUUAGUAUUAUAUGUAUA